GUAACACUUUUAUGUUUUAACGUUUUUUUUUAUUUUCAUUUCGGAACUCUUUCAUUCUGUUUGUCUAUUAUUUUGGUUCUUGAUAAUGUCUUGUCAUGGUCUUGUAUGUCAAACUGAAAGAUUGGUUGAUUAUAUUCUAAUGUGUAAAGAUUAAAAUAAAUUUUAAUCUCCUAUUUAUCUAUUAAGAUAGAUCUGUAAUUAAUUAUAGGAUCCCCAAAUAUUUUGGGGAUUUACGCUCCGGUACCGGAUUCCCCUUCAUCCUACGGCCGCACUUUGAAGAUAUUCUCUUUCCCUAAGUUUCCUUGAUGUCUGGCUGAUUUGGAGGAUUAAAGGAAGUGGUGUUUUUGUUUAGAGACCUUUUUAUCAAUCGGGAUGUGUUAAUAUUUUGUUACCCACCUAAUUAACGGUAUUCUUCCAUUUCCUUUUAAUUACAUUUUCUAAAAUUAAAGUCUGUCAUUUUUGUAACGAAGUCAUUUUUGUUAUCUUUUCCUUACUAGAUUAGAAUAAAUGUGACAUUUGGCGCCCAACGACAGGAAUAUUCACUCCCGAUCCCCCGUAAUUUGGUUUUUUUCCUGCAUUUAAUAGUUAUCGCUGAUGUUGGUUUUAAACGGUUUUAGUUUUUACUUAAUUAUUCUGUAUGUAACUUGUGCACUUCCAAAUGUUGUAUGCUCUUGAAUUGGUUAUUUAUUUUAAGUUUAUUUAAUUUUACCUACUUGCAUACAUACUUAAUUUGCCAUUAUGUCUUACACUAUUAAAUAUUUUUCACUUCAAAAAGCUGAACUUCAAUACGAAGUUCAGUUACGUGGUGGUAGUGGUGAUUCAGUGCAAGAAUUACGAAAACUAAUUUCGAAAUUAUCACUGUCUUUACCAUCAGAAGACAUUCUUGAAUCUCAUCUUGAAUCGGGACUUGAUUUAAAAGAGGUAAAAGAAUCUCUUUUGAAGUCUCAAACUAAUUUAGGUGCUCUUAGUAAGCAUUUUGAUAAAAACUUAUAUGUAAGAACCGAAACAUUGCUACACCAUAUUUAUCAUCGUCUUAAUAGAAUUAGAAGCGCAGAAGCGGAGCUCGAUGUUUAUAAAAUUUGCGUUUCUGAUCUUAAAAGUCAACUCAAUGAAUUAGCUUCCUAUAAACAAAGUACUUCUCAUGCAAGUACUACCUCUGUAGUUAGUGAGGGUAUAUCUGUUACUACUGCUACGCCUAUUGUUUGUGACAAAAAUUUAUAUUCAGAUUUAUCUAAGUUAAAAUAUUCUGGAUCAUCUUGUGUGCAUUCAUUUAUUCAGAAGGUUGAUGAGUUCGUUCAAUCCAGAGGAAUAUCCUUUGAUAAAAUUUUAUCACUCGCAUUUGAAAUCUUUGUUGAUGAUGCUUUGCAUUGGUACAGAUAUAAUAAAGAUAAAGUUAAGUCUUGGCAAGAGUUGUGUGUUUUGCUCAAGGAGGAUUUCUGUAGUAAAGACUAUGAUUAUCGCUUAGCUGCUGAAAUUCGUUCUCGUACGCAGGGUGAACGCGAAAAUAUAAUUGUCUAUAUCUCUAUUAUGCAUGGUUUAUUCGCUCGUCUUUCCAAACCGGUCUCAAUUGAAGAAAAGUUAGACAUUCUUUUACAUAACAUACGUCCUUGUUAUGCUAAUACUAUCGCGGCUUCACCGGAGAUUAAGACUAUUGAUGAAUUGAUAUCUAUAUGUCGUAAUUAUGAAAAUAUUCAGUCUAGAUUCUCCUCUUUUCACGAACCUCCUUCCAUAACUACUAGUACUAUUGCUCCUGAAUUCGCUUAUAAUUAUAAUUCUUCUUUUCCUAAAUUUGAUAAAUUUAAAAAUAAUCAAUAUGGUAAAUUCAAUUCAUUUAAUAAGUCUUACACAAUUACUACUGGUAAUAAAGUUAAUUCUAUUGACGCAACUCAAACAUCUAAAAACGAAGUGGCUGCUCUAUGUACUGAGGUUUCUGAAUUUGUGUAUUGUCCAAGAUGUAGGUCUAACUCACACUCACUUGGAGUUUGCAAGCAACCUCGAUUUUUGAUUUGUUUUAAAUGUGGUAAAAAGGAUGUUCGCUACCCGGAAUGUCCAGAUUGUCAUAAAAGGGAACAAAUUAAUAAGGUUAAGUCAAAAAACUAGACAAGUUCGAUUGGAGUGAUCGUUCAAAGGAAUGGGAAAGUUGGCUUACUUUUAUUAGACAAUUUUCUGCUUUUAAUUCCGUUGCUUCAAUCGAUAACAAUUGUCUAAAUAAAGCUAGACCUUAUGUAACUAUAAGCAUUCUUAAUGAGUCGUUUACAGGGCUACUUGAUACAGGUUCUUGUGUAACUAUUUUAGGGAAUGGGUCUCAUUCAAGGUUAAUUGAUAUGGGAUUCCAAUUGAUUGAGACUGAUAAUACUCAAUUCGUUGGUGCUGGUGGACAUAAAUUAAGUUCAAUUGGUCAAAUGGCACUUCCUAUACUAUUUAAAAAUCAGUGUCAUCAAUUGUUUGUGCAUGUAGUUCCUGAUAUUCAAUAUUCCCUCAUAUUGGGUAUAGAUUUCUGGCGUACCUUUGGUCUUUUUCCAAAAUAUCUAGAUGCUGUAAAUUUUGUUAAGGAUUCUGAAACUGUUAAUAAUAUAGAUUUUAAAACUAAGGGUACAUCUGUUUUGUAUUCUUAUGAUCAUCUUACAGUUGAACAAAGGAAUACAAUUGAUGAUCUUAUUAAGCAAUUUCGCGAUAUCUCUUAUGAAGAAAAAGGCCUAGGUCGUACUUCAUUAAUACAACAUACAAUUGAUACUGGGGAUGCUGCCCCCAUACGUCAACGUUAUUAUCGCAUGUCACCGGAGAAACAGCGAAUUAUUAUUAAACAACUGGAUGACAUGCUUAAAGACGAUGUUAUAGAGCCUUGUGAGAGUCCUUGGUCUUCUCCUGUACUUCUUACUCCUAAAAAGAAUGGUGAAUUGAGAUUCUGCCUGGACAGUAGAAAAUUAAAUUCAAUAACUAGAAGAGAUGCAUACAGUUUACCAUAUAUUUCUGAGAUUCUAGAUAACUUACGCGAUGCUAAAUUUUUAAGUAGCAUUGAUUUAUCUAAAAGUUUUUGGCAGAUUUUAAUAAGCAAGGAAGAUCGUUGUAAGACUGCUUUCUAUAUUCCUUCUCGUGGUACGUUUCAAUUUAAGUCUAUGCCUUUUGGUUUAACUAAUGCUCCAGCUACACAACAAAGGUUAGUAGAUUUUCUUUUCUAUGGACCUGAAUUUGAACAUAAAGUAUUUGUUUAUAUCGACGACAUUAUAAUAGUUUCUGAAUCAUUUGAACAUCAUAUCUUUCUUCUGAACAAAGUCUUAGAAAAACUCAAAUUAGCCAAUUUAACUAUAAAUUCUGAGAAAAGUAAAUUUUUCAGACAAGAGCUAAAAUAUUUGGGAUAUGUUGUAGAUUCCAAUGGUUUGCGUGCUGAUCCUGAUAAAAUUAAUUCUAUCCUUAAUUACCCAACUCCAUCAAACCGUAAAGAAGUUCGUCGAUUCAUUGGUACUGCUUCAUGGUAUC